CUAGUUAUAACAAGUCUCUGGGAAAAACCUGUAUUACCUAUACUGACUCAUUCUUAAACCUACCCUGAUUAUCUGCCUUAGUUUCCCGUUCGACUCUGUUUGCAACUUUUGUGUGUUCCUUGUAGCAGUUGUAGAAUACUGUCGAUUGAUCUCCUCAGGUUCUUUUUAAACUCUUUUUUGUUUUGUGAUAAUUAGACAUGAAUCGCGAGCGCGAAAUUAUAUCAGUACGCGGGAGAAACAAAUUUGUGUCUGACGGUUUUUCAUACACAUUUGAUAAGCUAAGUAAAGACGGCCUAACAUCAUUUUGGAGGUGCACCAAUAAAGAUGAAUGUAAGGCGAGAUUACAUACAAGGAACAACGAGGUGGUUAAAUUGCUCAAUGUACAUAAUCACGAUGCUUCUGCGUCAAGCAUUGAAGCAGCUGAAAUUGUUACCCGUAUCAAGGCACGUGCUGUGAACACCCAAGAAUGUACUUCACAAGUUAUCAACGAGUGCAUCACCGGAAUAUCUCAAGCAGCAAUGGCUUCUCUUCCACAACUGGGAGCUCUCAAGAAAACUGUAAGACGCAAGAGAAAUGAAGUUAAUGCAGCCCCUCCAGCACCACUGAAUUUGCAAACGCUACAAAUUCCAGAUGAAUUCAAAAUGUAUGCAUUUGACAAUGGAAUAGAAGAAAAUUUUUUGUUAUAUGACAGUGGACCGGAAGAAAUGAGGAUAUUGAUUUUUGGUCGUCGACAGAAUUUACACAUUUUACGUAGCAGUGAUACCUUCUAUGGCGACGGCACCUUCAAAACAGCUCCACAUUUGUUUUCGCAAAUUUAUACUAUACUUGGACGACUUCAUGGUGGAGUGCAUCCAAUCAUAUAUGCCCUUUUGCCAAAUAAACAGGGCGCUACGUACGUGAGAUUGUUUCUCGAGCAUUAA